GAAGGCUGGCACGCGGUCCAGCUGCGACCAGAUGACUGAGCCCAGCUCAGCUCAGCUCAACUGCCUCUACAAAUUCAACGCACACAGCAACACAUCACAUCCAUAAGUUUGCAUGCGAGUGCGCCACGAGAGAGGACUGGGACGCGUUGCGGGGUUAAUGUGCCGUAAAAAUACCCGCAUAGUCCAUUCAGAGGGGGCGCGCCAGCAUUAACUCCGAAGAAGGAACCGGGUGUUUCUCCUCUUGAGGAGUUCCUUUGGGUUUCGAUCAUUGCCGCCUCUCACCGCAGGAGCUGCGUGUUCCCACUAGACAACCAAACAGGCGCUAUGAGUUCGGCGAUGCUGGUGAUGUAACGCUUUUCAUCUCAGCUCUCACUCCAACAACUGUGAUCACUGUAGCCUCUCCUCCUCUCAGAGCAUGGGGCCCUUCAAACUCUAAAGUGAAAGGCACGAGAAUCAAUCCAGCCAGAGGUUAACGAGGGGGAAAGACGAAGCGCCAAGGAACGAUGGAGUCCACAUCAUCGGAGCAGUCGGCCACAGUGGACGAGCUGGUGGAGGCGUGCAUUCAGGCCUUCGAUGAGAAGGGCACUUUGAAGGAUACUUCCUUGGUCCGUAUGUUCCUCAUGAUGCACCCUUGGUACAUCCCUUCAACGGACAUGGCUAAGAAGCUGGUGCUCAAAGAUCAAGAGGAGAGCUGCACCGCUGAGCGCCGAACAAAAAUAUGCCACCUUGUCAAGUACUGGAUCUCUGAGUUUCCAGCUGAGUUCAAUCUGAACCCGGAGCUGGCAGACCAGAUCAAAGACUAUAAAGACCUCUUGACCACCGAGGGCAACGAGAGGCAGAGUCAGCUCAUUGACCUCGAGAGUGUGCCAUCAUAUAAAUGGAAGCGGCAGGUGACUCAGCGUGUCCCAUCGGUGUCCAAAAAGAGGAAGAUGUCCCUGCUGUUCGACCACCUCGACUCCUGCGAACUGGCAGAACACCUGACUUACCUGGAGUACAAAUCCUUCUGCAAGAUCCUGUUUCAGGACUACCACAGCUUUGUGAUGCACGGCUGCACGGUGGAUAACCCCAUCCUGGAGCGUUUCAUCACGCUCUUCAACAGCGUCUCCCAGUGGAUUCAGCUCAUGGUGCUCAGCAAGCCCACCGCCCCGCAGAGAGCUGACGUCGUCUCCCACUUCAUCAGAGUGGCACAGAAGCUGCUGCAGUUGCAGAACUUCAACACUCUGAUGGCGGUGGUGGGCGGCCUCAGCAACAGCUCCAUCUCUCGUCUCAAAGACACGCAGGCCCACAUCAGCGCUGAGACCAACAAGGUUUUUAACAACCUGAUUGAACUGGUGACAUCGUGUGGGAACUACAGCCAGUACCGCAAGCGCUUCUCAGAGUGCUCUGGCUUCCGUUUCCCCAUCCUCGGCGUGCACCUGAAAGACCUGAUAGCCGUGCACGUGGCGCUGCCAGACUGGGCAGACAAAGAGAAGACACGGGUCAACCUGGCCAAGACCCAGCAGCUGUACGCCAUCCUUCAAGAGCUGUCGCUGAUCCAGACAACGCCGCCCCACAUCGAUGCCAACACAGACCUGCUCAACUUGCUUACGGUCUCUCUGGACCAGUACCACACGGAGGAGGAGAUCUACCAGAUGUCUCUACAGAGAGAGCCACGAAAGCCAGUGCAGAACUCCAGCCCAGCCCCCGCGCCCGACCCCAAGCCCACGAUGAUCGAUGAGUGGGCCGUGUCGGUGAAGCCCAGCGCCGACCCGACGAUCAUCAAGAAGCACAUAGAGAAGAUGGUGGAGUCCGUCUUCAAGAACUUUGACACCGACGGUGACGGCAACAUCUCCAGGGACGAGUUUGAAGCGAUCAGGAACAACUUCCCGUACCUCAGCAAGUUCGGAGAACUGGAUAAGAACAGAGACGGGAAGAUCAGCAGAGACGAGAUGAUAGACUACUUUAUGAAAGCCAGCUCUCUGCUUAACUGCAAGAUGGGAUUCAUCCACACUUUCACCGAGACCACCUACGUCAAGCCCACGUUCUGUGAACACUGCGCCGGCUUUAUCUGGGGCUUCUAUAAACAAGGCUACAAGUGUAAAGCCUGCGGGGUGAACUGCCACAAGGCCUGCCGGAGCCGCCUGGCCGUCGAGUGCCGGAAGAGGACCAAGAGCAUCAGCCACGAGACUCCACCGGCUCUCCAGGCCAGGUCCUAUAGCUUCCCUCCACCUGCCAACACUCCACCCAGCCUCCAGAACACAGUAAUUGCUGAAGAGGAUAUAGAGACAGUGGAGGAGGGAGUGUUCGACGUGCACCUAUAACCAGGAGCCUUGAACUGAAGUGUGGUUUUGAUGCACAGGCCAGUCUCCAGCUCGCUAUUUUAGAAUCCCUCCCACGGUCGGUGUGCAAGAAGCCAAAUGAGCGACUGUUGGGAGACAGACGCAGAAUGUGCUACAGUAUGUCAGUUUUACUGCACCUCCUCAUAUGAGGAGAAAUUGCACUGAACACAAGCCAGGAUACCUACACGGUGCCACACAGUGGACGCACACUGCAACAGCAACUCCACUCCACACCACACAUGAAUGUGAUGACCAAUGUGAAUGGAAAUGUCUUUGUAUGAUUUCUAUGUCAAAUCUCUACAUUUUGAUUGAUUGAUGUCGGCCAAGUGUUACUGUAAAAACUUAGUAUAUAUUCUAAAAAAAAAAAAAAAAAAUUGAAAAAAAAAAAUCCACAAAAUUGUAUUUUCUUGGUGGAAUGCUAAAGUCAGUGGAGUUUAUAAUUUGAGCACACUUUGCUGCAGAUUGGAAUGCCUGUCUACAUUUUCCUUUAAAAAACAAACAAACAAACAAACAAACAAAAAAAAAAAAAAAGAAGCAACAUAAUAGAGGUGCUGUUAUUGCCAAGAAUGUAAAACCUGCCACCCAGACUAAGCUACUGUCUCCUUUAUCUGAGAAUCUCUGCUUUUUAUUGUUUACCAUCUUGUUUUGAAAUACAUUUCAAUGGGCCAAUUUCAAAUGUCAGAUAAAGUAUUGUCGAUUUUGCGGUGCCCGUCUGAAACGUGGAGCGACAAAAGCAUAACCACUUCUCCAACAAAAGAAACAGCUGAAAUGACUGUGCGGACAGUUAUAAUUAGGGUGGACUUUGAUCAAUGUUUUAUUUCUUUUGUCAUGUUUUCCUGAAUAUCAGUAACUGUCCUAUAGCUGUUGCUGUUGUGAUGUUUUUUCCGUAUACAGUACUGUCUUGUAUACCAGUGCACUGAUAGGUGAUCUAUCCUCUCGCAGUACUGUGAAUGUAGCAGAAGCAGCUGCUGUCAGAUGAAGAACCCCGUCUUUUCCAACAGACACUGUACAUUGACAGCGGAGAGCAGGGAGCUGGAUAACUUCCCACUGAUCCCUCUGUUAGGUUUUGAUGUUCUUAGACUGUCACUUGAAACACAACAAUCAAAAGAAUAAUACCAAAAAAAAAAAAAAAAAAAAUACAAAAAAAAAAAAAAAAAAAACCAAAAAAAAAAAAAAAAAAAAUGGAGUAAUGAGGUUUUUCAUUUGACAGCAGCAUCUUAUAAAAAAACAUUUCCCUGAGAAUCUCUUUUGAUGCAAGUUGUAUUUUGCUGUUUCUAUCCUGCAUGCUUCUCUCUCCACAGCUCUAUUCUCCGGCCAGACUGAGGAUUUCUUCUUCUUCUUUUUUUUUUUUUUUUUUCUUUUACGUUGCAUGCCAAGUCAUCAUUUAUUUAGGAAACAUGAAGUCUUGAAAUUCCAGACCGAGGAAAUGUUUCUGUUGCUUUGUGCCUGUGCGGAGAUGAAUUCAGACUUCGAGUGCCAUAUUGUUAACUGCUGGAUUGUCAUUGAAUGAGACUCAUCACUUUGCUGGUAUUUAUUUUUCUGUAUAAAUAGCUAAAUAGCUGCCGGUCCUUCUGUUUCACUCCCUGCCUGACAAAGGAUGUUUGUUGCUCUUCUGUAAAUGAAUCUUUCAGACUGAUGUCAUGCUACUUCCUGUGGUUCCCAGAUGAUUCCUCAGUAUUAAAUGCAUCUUUCUAAUA